AUGCCUUCCAGAACCCACCCAGAUGAAAAGCUUUUGCUUCUAUUCCAUUGUCUCAAAGCCUCCGAUUACACUACUAUCGAUUUUCAUGCAGUCGCUGCCACUCUUGGUAUAACGGUAGCAGCGGCUCGCAUGAGACUCAAUCGCUUGAAAGCAGAAAUAGAAACAAGAGCGUCGAACCCUGAAGCGACCACCCUUCCGAUAAGUAUGCUCAAGACCACCACGAAGAAGAGAGCGAUAGAGCAGCAUAAACAUUUGCCUGGUACGACUGCAGGUGGUGAUCAAAAUGCCCGGGACAAGGGCCAGAAUCAUGGCAAGAAGAUCGGCGUCUUGGCUGCUUUCAGCAGCGACCCUUCAACAGCGCUAGAGUCUCAUAUCCUUCAUGAAAACGAUGUCAUAAAUUACGAAGAAGCUUCAAGCCACUCAGCUGCAACUUCGACUCAAGAUGUCUUCAUAGCCGCAUCCUUGGCAUCGGAUGCAAUCGUGCCUCCUCCUCUGGCCAUUGUCAUUUCUUCCACAACUGCCAACCGGACCAACCCAUGGUCACUCACGCCUGGCCGCAUAGAUUCCAUCUCGACUCUCCUCCCUCCAAGCCCGAUCUCUGUUCCAACACGUUCAGACAGCCUCUCCUCCACCGACGCCGAUUACGGCGACUCUGACAACGAUGUGAGCAUGGAAGACGUGAUCGAUCCGCCACGGAAACGGCACCAGGCACAGAAGACAACAGUGAGAUGUAUGGUAAUGAUGGUACGGAUCCAGCCAUUCUUCCUCCCCACCACCUUUCUGGCAGCGUAUUAA